GAGAACCGUGCUAGUAGAAGUAAGUGCUGUUGUGUGCUUUGUUUAUUCGCCAACAAGAACUGUGUUUUCCCUGCAACUGGAAAUGUUUCAAGUCUGUCAUCCCUCCAAAGAAGAUUAAAGUGGUCUAAGUAUCAAGGUCCUUCUAGGUGGAGAUACAUGGAAAUAAAAAUCUUCAAUGGUCUGCGGAAAUAUCCCUAAGAAGCAUCUAUAAUCUUUGGUGAGAGAAUGGUGAGCCUACUUCAACUGUUAUUGGACUUCUCUUAAAAAUUAUGAAUUGCCCUGAUUCAUAUUUAAUUUCCAGCUAACUUUGCUCAAAAAGUCAAAGAGCUGAGGAUUAACAAACAAGCUACAAACAAUUUCUUCUAGUUAUAGUUUUCUUCCAAGGUUCUAGCAUGGCUCUAUACAUAUAGGUGCAAGCUUGAAACUUGACUGAUAUUUAAUUUUGAGGUGGUAAAAUCUCGCCAGGAUGUAGCACUUGGUUUGCAAGUUUGGAACUGAUUAACUGAGUAGUUCUUACAGUUGAACACUGUGCUCAUUUUGUCGAAUCAACAGCAGGACAGUGCCUAUUUCCUCGUAGCUGGAACCGAGGAGGUUUGGUGCAAUGUCUAUUCCAGGAACUAGAAUUUUCCUUGUUAGCUUCCAGCUGCACCUGUAACUUUGUAAAUUUGUACUGAAAGGCCUAUUAUGUGGCAUCACGCUUAAAUUCAUUCCGGGUCUGGAAGAAGAGUAAAUUAUGGAAGUAAAAUACCAUGAGAAAUCUGAGUGCAUGCCCAUCUACUUGCUGCUAGUUUUGGUUGACUCUUGACAGAAAGAAGUUGUGGCUGACUUGAGAAGGCAUUCAAGAGCUGCCUGAGUUAUGAUUUGAUAAAAGGAGAUAAUGUAGGGAAAUGAUAUUGGCAUCAGAUAAUAUAAUUAUCCUCCAGUUGAAGUAUUCUACGACUGGACCAACUGAACCACAAGUAUGGAAUAAAAAUAAACAACACAUAUGCAGACAGAGAGCGGUUUCCAUUUCUUUAUUUAGACGUUUUCUAAAACUGAUCGGCAGGUUGCAUCCCCUUUGGCCGUGCUGGAUCCUUAUCAGCUUAUGUCAUCACGAUAUACAGGAAAGCGAUACCAAAUAUAGGCCUUUUCAAUCAAAAUCAGGACUAGGUCUUUAGGAGCUGCCAUCAAGAUGUUGCCGCUUGAACAUAAGCCCGGGCACUGAGUUUUUUGGAUGGCAGUGACCUGCAGAACCUCCAAGAUAUCUGCCUUCCGUGGUUGCAAUUCUUGUGGGUCCUACUUUUAAUCUCGCAAGUGCUUCAAAGGGAAGGCCUGCACAGCAAGGGAGUAGUGAGGGAGGCAGAGUUAUGGGAGUUGUGCUUCUAGAUUUCUCUCACAAAUUGAUCAAACGACGAGCUUGUCUACGGUGGAAGCAAGCAGGCCGCGCAUCUUACCGUUGCAGCUAGCCCCUCUGUAUUUUCUGGCAGCUUGCUCCCAGUCUGCAACUUCUCUUUGCUGUGUUUGUUGCAUGAGGUUUGAGCUGUGAGCACAUGGGGUUCAACACAGAAUCGUUGCGAGGCUUGUGUUCUGAUGGUCUAUGGAAGUAUGCAGUAUUUUGGUCAAUCAAAAGCGAGAAGCACGGCAUCUUGACUUGGGAGGAUGGCUACGUCGACAAGAUGACCAAAAACACGAGAGAUCAUUACGGGGACCCAGCUGAUAGUGACAACCAGAUAAUAACACUUACUUGGUCUAACGAUGGCCAAUAUCAAAGCUAUCCAUUUUGCCCCAUCGAGGCAGCAUUGCUGCGCAUGUCUAGUCAUUCGUAUUCUCUUGGAGAAGAAAUUAUUGGUAAAGUGGCCAUUAUGGGACGACAUUGCUGGAUUUCUUCCAGUGAUCUUCGUUCAACUUUGGUGUACAAGUAUCACGAAGACUGGCAGUUUCAAUUUGCAGCAGGAAUUAAAACAGUUCUACUUGUACCAGUGAUUCCUUAUGGGGUUCUUCACCUGGGAUCUUUAUGUAUGCCUCAGGUUUUGGAAAGUUCAGCACUGGCGACACACAUGAAGGACCUGUUCUAUAAGAUUUACAACCCCUCAAUUCCUCAUAAUCCUUCAGCCACAGGGUUCGGCUACUCAAAUUCUUUGAAAAAACCUGCUGCAGAUGUAUCGGUGGAUCCCGCAGAUGUUCUGGCCCAUGACUUAUUUGAUGUGAUCAACAAUUCUGCUCAGCUAUUUACCAUUGAACACCUUAGUCUACCACAUCCCUUCACUCCGUCCGAGUUUCCAAUGUUAGAAGAUGUCAUUACAGGAGCGUACAAUGUUGGUCUAACAACUUGCUCAGAUGAAACCUUCGAUGCCAAUGAGAGUGAUCUGUGGACCAAUGUUAAUGAAGCACCAUCUGAACUCACUCACUGCAAGACAUUGGUCAACCCGGAUAUGACAAACCUCUCAUUUAUGGAUAAGUUGAUCAAUUCCAACAGCAAACUGAGUUGCACAUCAGUAAUUAACAUACAAGAUGCGGAUUAUAAUAAUAUUGAUGAUUUUAUCCUGGCAUAUAUGGCACAAGAAUAUCAGGAGCACACAUGUGGCAGCACUACAGUUUUAAAUGAUGAUGUUGUAACAUCAAAUUCUUCAAUUCACUCAAAGAUGCACAAAGAUCUUGAAGCAAUUCCCAAGGAAGAUCUUGAGAGCUUCAUGUGGCAUGGUAGAUUGAAACAACAAGAGUCUACAAGCCACUCUCUCCUUCAAGCGAAUGGAAAUAAAGCAUAUUCUUACUCACACCUCGAGACCAAUGAUUAUGCUGAAUUCUUAGUGGAUGCUAUAACCAACCAGGUUGGUGAUAUCCCAAACAGUUACUCGUAUCACUUGACUGAUUCUUCGACUUCAAGCGAAACACAAAUACAGAGAGAAGAUCAUGCACUGAGGUUUGAUUCUUCGACUUCAUGUGAAACACAAAUACAGAGAGAAGAUCAUGCACUGAGUUUGGAGGAAUCGACAAUCCCAGAUCCCUCUGGUGGUCGAGAAUUUUCACCUACCUCAGUCAAAGAAGGCUUCAUGACUUCCAAAAUGACUGUUUCGCUCCCAAAGGGAAUCAACAGGACCAUGACUGAAGAAUGCGUGGGUCAUACAAUUCAAGACAUGCACAGGGAAAUUUCAGUUGAAAUAAAGCAUGAAGGCGGAAAAAAGGAACUGCACAGACCAAGACCGAGAGACAGGCAACUGAUUCAAGACAGGAUGAAGGAGUUGAGGGAGCUCAUUCCAAAUGCAUCAAAGUGCAGCAUUGAUGCUCUCCUGGACAAAACAAUAACACAAAUGUUGUUCCUCCAAAGUGUGUCUGAGAAAGCUGAGAAGCUUCAGAACAAAACAAGAAAUGAGAAGUUCGGUAACGAGGCCAAGAAGAAACUGGAAAACUGCCCGCUGAGAGUGGAAGAGCUCGAGGAACCUGGUCAUCUUCUCAUUGAGAUAUUGUGCAAGGAGUAUGACGUCUUUUUUGAGACUGCGCAUCUGUUCAAGGGCCUUGAGGUCAGCAUACUGAAGGGAGAGCUGGAGCAUCGUUCUGACCAGCUCUGGGCUCGCUUUGUUGUUGAGGCUUCCAAAUGUUCAAACCAGAUGCAGAUUCUUUGCCCACUGAUGCACCUGUUGCAGAGGAGAUGAUUCCAUUGUCGCGUGUUCAGACAAGUGCCGCCUUGCAGCUAGUCCAGUUCCCAUUUCAAUAAGAGUGUGCAGUGGAACAACAUUAUUCAUUGCAGACAUCUGUUUCCUUCUCUGAGAUUUAUGGCAACCCAGAGUUGCUUAUGCUGUUACAGAAUAUACUUUGAUCACAGGACUGUGAAAUGCUAUGGUGUGAAAGGAA